AUGCAUGUUGCUAUUUUGGUUCUGUCAAUAUUUUUUAUUUUUUUUAUCUCAAAUUUAAAGGCUGAAAUCACUCAAGAAUCCCUUCAUUUAGCUUGUGUGGGUGGAAAUACAGAUAUUAUCAACGAAUGCCUGAAAGAAAGACAAAUAGAUGAAAAAUGUAUACAAUUCAUUGCUGAGUCACAUAAUAAUAAAUUGCUCGAAUACAUUAUUGACAGAAAUUUGUUCGAUUUUUCAUCACCUUUUACGGAAAUUGAAUUUGACCAAAUUAUUGAUUCACGAAACUUAAAAUUUGUCUUUCUUAUAUCUGAGAUAAAUCAAAAUUCAAUAAUUCCAUGGGGUGCAGGAUUCCCAGAAACCCUUGAAUACUUAACUGAGUGCAAAUUUGAAUUCAAUACCAAAAAUAAGUAUGGAAAAAAUGCUCUUCUUUAUGCUUUAGAAAAUAAAUGCAUGGAAACUGUAAAAUAUUUGAUUUCAAAUGGUGUGGAUGUCAAUAUUAAAGAUAGAAAAAGAAAAUCUGCUCUUUGUUAUGCAGCAAAAAGUGAUUGCAAAGAAGCAGUAGAACUUCUAAUUUCACAUGGAGCUGAAAUCAAAUCAAAAAGUGGGUACCUUAGAUUUACUACGGGAGCAAUUGAUAAAAAUGCUUUUCAUUAUGCAGUUAAAAAUAAAAACGGAGAAAUAAUAGAGCUUCUUAAUUCACAUGGUGCUGAUUUUAUACCUUUUAUAAAAGAAGCAAUAGCAUCUGAAGAUAAAGAAGGAAUUGAAUUUUUUAUUUCUCGUGGUUUUGAUAUCAAUACAAAAGAUAUAGAUGGCAGAACACCUCUUCAUCUUGCCACAGUAUUCCAUCAACGAGAAAUGGAAGAAUUCCUUAUUUCACAUGGUGCAGAUAUCAAUAUAGAAGAUAACCAUGGAUACACACCUAAUGAUCUAAAAUGCUAA